AUGGACAAGCCUAUCGAAGAGACCAUCAAAGCGUUACUCAGUUUUGUCAUUCGUCAAUUCUAUCCGAAUUCAUAUGUGUUGGUCUUGGAUGCCAUCAUGUUCCAUUCUGUGUUAUCAGAAGAGGAUUUGGCGCACUUACUAGGAAUCAAGAGACCGGAGUUACGUUCUCUCAUUACAGUUCUACUAGAAGAUCGCAUUCUGGCUCGUCAUUCACAGCAGGAAUUUGCUGUGAACUCACGUAGUGUUAAAAGAUACUACUAUUAUAUCAAAUAUCCUCAGGCUAUCGAUGCAAUUAAGUGGAAAGUGCAUCAGAUCGUCGCAAAACUAAAAGAUGACUUGGAUAAGAACAGUACUCCGCAAGGUUAUAUUUGUCCAUUAUGUUCUACGCGUUUCACUCAGUUGGAAGCUAUUGCAUUGCUAAAUUACGAAAGAACGCAGUUUGUAUGUUCAUUAUGUGAAGAACCGUUGGUUGAAGAUGAUUCAGGGAAACGUAGUAAGGAAAAACAAGGAAGGCUAAAUAGAUUAAUGGAUCAAGUGCAACCAAUCAUUGAUUAUUUAAAAAAAAUCGACGAUAAUAUGAUCGAAGAAAACACUUUCGAGACAGCGUUGGCUAGAUUGAUUCCACCACAGAACAACUCCGUUGCGCAGUACACAUUGAAUCCAAGAGCACGUAAAUCCAGAAUGUUUGUUCCCGGGGAUGUCACCAUGGGUAACGAUAAUAGUAGGAAAGCUGGUGUUAAAUCACAGGCUACAUUACAUGUUAAUAUUACUACUCAAUACGAUGAAUUGUAUCAACAAGAUCAACAAGAGAAACAGGCAGAAGAGAAAAGAAAGCAAAACGCUCUACCUGCAUGGCAUGAGAAGAGUACUAUUGGUGAAUCUGCUUUGGGUAACCUAAGAGAUGAGUAUGACAUGUCUUCCGGUAUCAAGAUAGAAAAUGAUGAAGAAACUGAAGGACAACAACAACAACAACAACAACAACAACAACAACAACAACAAGAUAACAAUAAUGAAGGUUUCGACGAGGGCGAUUACGAACAACAAGAUCAAUCUCAACAACAAGACGGAUCACAAGAUCAACAACAGCAACAAUACCAACAACCUAUCAUCAGGUCCACAUUAACAGACGAACAAAUGAAAGAAAGAGAAGCGGAGCGUACGCUUGCGGAAUACUAUGCUCAACUUGCGAGAAAAAACGCAGAUGAAGACGACGACAUGGAUGACGAUGAAGAUGAGGACGAUUUCGAAGAUGUCCAGGAUGAUGUGGACGAUGAUGCAGAUGAUGCGGAUGAUGUGGAAAAUGAAUCUUCUGAUGAAGCAGUCAAACAAUCCGAUGAGGACAAAAUAGAAUCAACAACCUCUCCUGACGAGAAAGCAUCAUCUGCGAAGACACAAGAUGAUGAUGAUGAUGAUAAUGAUGACGAUGACGACGAUGAUAUGGCUGAGUUAGAAGACAUAGAAUUGGAAUCUGUGAAAGGAGAAGAUAACACAGUACCGGGAGACUCCAAAUCUCCAGGGGCGACGGAAAAGAAGCAGACUAAUGGAGGAGAUGAUGAAGAUGAUGAUGGAGAAGGAGAAUUUGAAGAUGUUUAA